AAACAACUCCACAUUGCUGGGAAGGUGGCCUUCGGGGGCAGGCACUUCACUGGUGGGGCAACUUUGCAGCUGCGUCCUUUAAUGUCCCCAGACAAGAAAAUGGAGUCGAAAACCACAGCUUGUUAACGUGAUCAAGGCACCUGUUAAAAGGAAAAAAGGAAGAAAGAAACAAACAAAAACAAAGAAAGCCACAGAAAGAAUCGAAGGCUCCUGAAGAGGUGAAGCUAUCAUGAGUUACCAAAACGCUGCCCUUGAUUUAAGCACCGGGUCCCAGCCGGGGCCCAAGAGCCCUGAGGGGACAAAAGGAGUGCCUGUGGAUGAUGACUAUGGCACAGGCCUGCUUGAAAACCAGCUCAGCGUGGGUGACUUUGUGAAGAUACAGAGGGCCUUCGAGUCUCCAGACCCAGGGGAAACCAUUUGUAUGUCCAGAGAAGAAUUCAUGCAUAGGAUGACAGAGAUCGUUGGUUGGGGCCCCGCAGAAGAAUAUGGGAAACUCUUUGACAAAGUGGAUGUGGCCCGGGAGGGCUUCAUCAACUGGGACAGACUGACUUCAUUUAUCCUGUUAUCACUUUAUGAGAAAGAUGCACGAACAAAGGCAACUGUGGUUCCUCAAUGGAAGGACCUGGAAUUCCUCCCGGGAAAACACAAGGACACCAUUCAAAAAGUAAUUUUCUUAAAAAGUUCAUGCCAUUAUUUGACUAUCAGUAAAGAAGGCUUAUUAGGAAUCUGGGGAGAAAAUUUAAAGCUACAGGAAACAUUUCCUAUCACUUCAGAUGCCACCAAACUGAAGCACCUCUGGGUGACAUGUCUGGUUUCUCUGGAAAAUGUAAAUAAGAUUGCGGUGGCUUUUACAAGUAAAGAAAUUUGUUUCUAUGAUCUUCUGUCCAAAGAAUUUCCUUGUCAAUAUAAACUCCAAGGCCUGAAAGGAACACCGAUUUGCAUGGAUUAUUGGUGUGAUCCUCUUGAUGCCAAUGAAUCAAUUCUUUCUUUUGGGGACAUAACUGGAAAGGUCCAAGCAAUAGCUUUCACAGCAGCCUUGAUCUCCCUGUUUGAACGGCCUGCUAGUGCAUGUGAUGACAAAGAAGCCACCAUGACCAUUAACUGGGCAGAACUGCUUUCUGGAUGUCACAGAUGUUGCCAUAUUUUAGGACAUAAACUUCACCAUGGAGAUUGGGUCAGACAAGUGACUUAUAAUGCAUCUUUGGAUGUUAUCAUUUCCAGUACAACCAGCAAUACAAACACUGUGGUGCUGGCUUGGAGAGAGAAAUCAAAAAAGCAUCUUAAAAUUACAUCCUUCAACAUUGCCCAGGGCAUUCAUGCUUUUGAUUACCACUCUCGGCUCAAUUUAAUUGCAACUGCAGGCAUUAACAAUAAAGUUUGCCUUUGGAAUCCCUAUGUUGUUUCUAAACCAGUUGGUGUCCUUUGGGGUCACUCAGCCAGUGUAAUUGCUGUCCAGUUCUUUGCUGAAAGAAAACAACUUUUUAGCUUCUCCAGAGACAAAGUUUUGAGACUCUGGGAUAUUCAACACCAGCUAUCCAUCCAGAGAAUAGCCUGUUCUUUCCCCAAAAGUCAGGACUUCAGAUGCCUCUUCCAUUUUGAUGAAGCCCACAAACGACUUUUCAUCUCAUUUAAUAACCAGCUAACAUUGCUAGCAAUGAAGAGUGAAGCCAGCAACAGGGUGAGAAGCCACCAGAAACCAGUCACUUGCAUUCUUUACAAUUCACUCCUGAAGCAGGUAAUCAGCUCUGAUGCGGGGUCUACAGUUUCCUUCUGGAUGAUAGACACUGGGCAGAAAAUCAAAGAGUUUACUGGUUGCCAUGGCAACGCAGAAAUCAGCACUAUGGCCCUCGAUGCAAAUGAGACACGGCUUUUGACUGGCAGCACAGAUGGUACUGUAAAGGUAUGGGACUUCAAUGGCUAUUGUCACCACACUCUAAAUGUUGGGAAAGAUGGGGCUGUGGAUAUUUCACAGAUCCUGGUUCUUAAGAAGACAAUACUGAUAACAGGCUGGGAAAGAGCUAUUACUGUGUUUCGACCCCAAAAUUUCAAUCGAUUUUUCAUCCAGCCUGAAGAAUGGAAAGGAGGAGUAUGGCACCAAGACGAUAUCCUGUGUGCUGCCUUUUUACCUCCACAAACUCUUGCUACAGAAUCCAAAGUGUCAUCAGGGAGUUAUGAUGGAGAAAUUGUUUUGUGGAACAAUAGCACAGAAAAUGCUCACCAUGUACUUCACCCUGAUUACCAGAAGUUGCUAAAAUCACAAUCAGAUAGAGAACCUCAAGAUCUUCUCAGUGCUGAGAAGAGCCCCUCUUCCCACCACAUGGCAGACCAGGCCAGCCUGGCAGCCUACACCUCAGAGAUUGACACCGAGGGUAAUAAUGCUGUUAUGAGGCUUUGCUUCCUUGAAGCAAGGAAAACCAAUGCAACAGCAGGAGGAGCUAACCUGGUAUCAUGUGGUGGGUCUGGUUAUGUCAGAUUCUGGGAUACAUGUAAGAAACUUCUUCUGGCUGAAUUUUUGGCCCAUCGUGGAGCUAGAUCCAUUAUUAUGUCUAUUGAUAAGUUGAACCGAUACCUUACCACAGGAGAUCUUGAUGGAUGUUUGAAAAUCUGGAAUAUAGAGGAGUACUGUCUUAAUUCCAGUAAGAACAAAAUCACACAGCCUCCAACUCUGAUAAGAUCAUUCCGACCUCAUGAGGACCAGAUAACUUCCUUGGAGGUGUGUGAGCGAGGUGGCCAUUUACUGAUUAUCUCCUCCUCUGUAGACUGCAGCAUUUGUGUGACUGGAAUCUGCGAUGCUCCUAUUUGGAUCUUUGGUCAGGCAAAGCAUUGGCAUGUUGACAACUGUCUUUCUCUUCCUAAAAGAGAUACUGAUUUAAUGGAAAGUGAAACUCAAGAAGAAGGUAUGAGAGCAAAAUCUUUGUUUCAUAAAGAGGAAUCAUGUUUAGAUCCAACAAAAUAUUCUCUACUUAACAAGAAAAACAAAGAUGACUCAACAUACAAUGUCAAACCAUCAGAAGAUAUAAAUUUAGACAUGAAAUGUGAGGAAAGAGAUAUUUAUAAGGAAAAAAUAUCUAAACUUUAUUAUGGUGAAAUUAUACAAAAAUCAACCUCCUGCUGUUGUGAAGGAACAUUUAGGUCAUUAAGCAUCAGAGACCUCAAAGAGCUGCCUGAAGUGAAGAAACCUGCUUUUCUUGUAGACCCUGAGAAAUAUUUUAGAGAAGAGCCACAGGAGGAGCAUCCCCAAAUUCCAGCGCUUCCUUUACUUUCUGAAACUUUGAAAGCUGUAUUUGUAGAAAAAAACCUGUUCCCCAAAGAAAUUCUGGAUCAUGAAAGAAAAGUCAAGCAAUUACAUCAGGAAACAAGUUGUGAAGUGAAGAUAAAGAGAAAUAAGAAGCAAUUAUAAUUGCAAGAAAAAUAAAUAUUUCAUUGUCACAGAAAGUACGUGCAUAAAGUGCAGAAAACACAUCAAGAAUGCUGCCUGUCUUUCACUUUAUAUUUGAACUUCUGGAGGCUUCAUUUUCUGAUGAUGUUUUAUUGCUGCUUUUAUCUGUCGUCUUUCACUUCGUAUUCUUUUUUUUUUUUUUUUUUUGCGGUACUAGGGAUUUGAACCCAGGGCCUUGUGCUUGCAAGGCAAGCACUCAACCAACUGAGCUAUAUCCCCAGCCCUCACUUCAUAUUCUUAAUAUGAGAAAGUUUGGACUAGAGAAGGCGAAAUGUUCAUUGGUACUAUCUGUUCUCAAGUGUUUUUAGGUAAAAAAAUUUACGACUCCAGAAUAAAGUA